UGCAGAAAGGGAUAGGGCAGAGAUGGAUCCUAACGUCCCUCUGAAGAUUGUUGCAGCCUUGCUUUGGUUUUCCUCCCAGACCAUGGCAAAUGGAGAUCCCAACACGUGCCCAGAAGUGAAGAUUGUGGGUCUUUCUGGUCAGGAGAAGCUAGCCAUCCUCCAGGGGUGCCCUGGCGUUCCAGGAGCAGCAGGAAUCCCUGGAGAAAAAGGGGCGCCUGGUGUGGCAGGCCAGAAAGGAGAGACAGGGCCUGCUGGCAAACAAGGACCUAAAGGGGAACCAGGAGACACAAUGGACUUUUUGGCCAGCUGCCAGAAUGCCCCAAGGAAUUGCAUGGAGUUGCUGAGCAAAGGCAACAUCUUGAGCGCCUGGUACACCAUCCAUCUGCCAGACUGCCGGCCACUGAGAGUCUUCUGUGAUAUGGAAACAGAUGGAGGGGGGUGGCUGGUAUUUCAGAGACGCAUGGAUGGGUCCGUUGAUUUCUACCGAACCUGGAAUGACUACAAGAAAGGCUUUGGAAACGAGCUGUCAGAAUUCUGGUUGGGCAAUGAGAACAUUCAUCUGAUCACAGGGGAAGGGAACCCACAGCUCCGUGUGGACUUGGUGGAUUUUGAUGACAUGAAAUCCUUUGCUCAUUAUAAAUCGUUCCAGCUUAGGGGCGAAGAGGAGAAUUACCAACUUGUUCUAGGGCAAUUCUUGGGCGGCUCGGCAGGCGAUUCCAUGACUUUUCAUCAUGGGCUGCCCUUUUCCACCCACGACAACGACCACGACAGUGGGACGCAGAACUGCGCCAUCACUGUGCAUGGAGCCUGGUGGUAUGCAAACUGCUAUCGGUCCAACCUGAACGGGGGCUACCCGAUAGGCACUCGGAAGGGACAGAGGUAUGGCAUCGACUGGGCAACCGGCAAGGGAGUCGGCACCUCCUACAAACACACAGAGAUGAAGAUACGCUAAAUAGAUACUGCAGUGAGAAUCUGUAUUGGGUUUACGGGAAAAGUUAAGUAAAAAUAAGUUUAAAAAAUCAA